AUGUCGAAUAAUCGAGUGGCUGUAGUAAGCGAUGGAAGAUUAGCCGUUGGUACAGGUCGCUCCGUUACCACCAAUAUUAGUCUGGGUACGCCUGAAGCUACAGGCAAACUCGCUUGGGUUCAGAAUACGUAUGCAUCACAGUACAAUCAUGCAGUUAGUUGUUGGAAAGCUUUCGAAACUAGUGGCAUUAAGAGACAAAUGCGUGGCGGUCAUCUUUUGCUUUAUCGGUGGCUUGUGUUGGCUGUUGUCAUCGUUGCAUUCGUGUUAGGUGGAUUGAGCAAAAAUGUCAAACCUUAUAUUACAUUUCCUAUUGUUUCUGCUGUGAUUUAUCUUGGUCUAACCAUCUGGAAUUGGCAUGUGUUUCGAACAAAUGGGAAUCUUUUACACUCGCAUAUGGUUCAAGUACCUGACAGUGCACUCCCUGGAUUUAUCAACGAGUUUUAUACUAUACCUAUUUAUGCUCAAGUCACUGAUCAACGACUAUUAGCUAUUUCAAACUAUACUAACACAGUGAUUGCUCAAUUAAUUGAACAACACCAUGUUGAAUAUCAAAUUCAAAAAUCAAAUGUAAGUAUUAUAUUCACAUUAGCAUUUAUCUUUCUUCAUUAUUUAGUUGAUUCAAUAUCAAAUUCAAUAGCAUAUGUAUUAAGUAUUAUUUUAAAAUAG